AUGAGUGGCAAGGACGGCCCUCCCGCUACCUUCACACCAUCGAGAAAUUCCAAGUUCAUACACGAACGGAUGAUGACCACCGGUCAGCCUCCAGAAGGUAUGCGUCAGCGAUUGGAUCCGCAGCAUGGCUCACUUACUACCAUCGGUACUGCACAGCUCUCCUCCGCGCAACUGAGCAUGAUCGACUUUCACAAGAAUCCGACGUGGAUCUCGUUCGAGGACUCAAAUCUCAACUAUGGCGACGGCUUUGCUCCAUACAUCCGCGAGAACCCAAUCGCGACCGAAGGAGUCGAGAGUCGGGAGUUCAAGGUCAAGUUGGAUUUCAGGGACUCGAUCGGAAAGACGCCUAUCAGCAGCGAUCACGUCCUCGUUCAGAUCACAGGCGUCACCGGGCACAAGCCGCUUCCUCCUGACAUGACUCCAAGGGCGGAGGUCAUCACCACGUUCAGUGACAUUCGAGGCGAUCACUCCGACUUUGACGAGAACCCCAAACGGACGUUUGACAUGGGAUUCGCAUCGUCCAUCGUCCUCGGCUCGAGCGCUUUUGUGCUGGGUAUGAUCUUUGUCGCUCAGGCUGUAGACAUACCCUUGCUGUACCAGCCGGUCACGGACCAGGCCAUCGAGAAUGCCUAUACCUUCUACGGGAUCUGGUGGGAAGCGCCGGGCGCAAUCAAGGCGCUCUUCCAUGUAGCACUCAUCCUCCCCCUCGUGGUCCUCCUUGGCAAGCUGCACCGGUGGAGCGAGAGCGCCAUGUUUUUCGACGGGUCUGCUAUCUUCUUGCAAUCUGCCAUCAUCAUCCUGUAUUUGUCAAUCCACGUCCAGUCUCUCCGGACAUUCCUCCCCGACUCGCACACCACCACCUCCUUCUCCAUCCUCCCCACGCCCCCACCGCGCCUCACCCCCGCGACCGAAUCCGAAAAAGUCGAAGCCGUCCGCGUUCUGGCCGCGGGGAACGCCCUCGUCGCACUGCUCGUGCUGGGCGUGAUGGGCAUGCAGGUGGGGCAGGAGUAUGCGCGGAGGCUGGAGGAGAGGGAGCAGGGGGAGAUUGAUAGACGAUUUGCGGCGCAGGUGCAGGUGGCUGCUGGAGCUGGGGCUGAGGGCAAGGAGAAGGUGGAGAGUAAGAAGACAAAGUAG